GGCGGGCCGGCCAGAGCGGGCGAAGAUGGCGGCUCCCACCGGCGACCCCUUCUCCUUCUGCCUGGACGCGCCCGGCCAAGCCCGCCGCGCCCUGGAGCUGCGCCUGACCGGCGGCGCCAAGGGGAAAGGACUUUUUGCCACCAGAAAUAUCCGCAAAGGGGACACAAUUUUUGUGGAGAAGCCUGUGGUGUCGGCCCAGUUUCUUUGGAAUGCCCUGUAUAGAUACAGAGCCUGUGACCACUGCUUACGAGCCCUAGAAACGGCCGAGGAAAACGCACAAAGGCUGCUCGGAAGAUUUCAGUUACUUCCUCACCCAGGGAAGUGCAGCAUUCGGAAGGACCUCCAUCGGUGCUGUGCCAACUGCCAGGUGACCUAUUGCAGUCCCGAGUGCCAUCAGGCCGCAUGGGAUCAGUACCACCAGGCUCUGUGCCUGGGACCCUCCGGGCAGGACCCGGAUCAUCCUCUCAACAAGCUGCAGGAAGCAUGGAGGAGCAUUCACUAUCCUCCCGAGACGUCUAGCAUUAUGCUGAUGGCCAGAAUGGUGGCAACCGUCAAGCAGGCGAAGGACAAAGAGUGGUGGAUCAAACUUUUUUCUCAGUUCUGCAAUAAAACUGCCAACGAAGAAGAAGAGAUUAUUCACAAACUCCUGGGAGAUAAGUUUAAGGGCCAGCUCGAACUCCUCCGUGUGCUUUUCACGGAAGCCCUUUACGAUGACCAUCUCAGCAAGUGGUUUUCUCCCGAAGGCUUUCGGUCUUUGUUUGCCCUGGUUGGCACCAAUGGACAAGGAAUUGGGACGAGCUCUCUGAGCCAGUGGGUCCGUGCCUGCGAUGCCCUGGAACUCCCCAACCAGGAGCGGGAGCAGUUGGAUGCUUUUAUAGACCAGCUGUACAAGGAUAUUGAGAAAGAGACGGGGGAGUUUCUGAACUGUGAAGGGUCUGGUCUCUACGUGCUGCAAAGUUGCUGCAACCAUAGCUGUAUUCCCAAUGCCGAGGCCUCGUUCCCAGAUAACAAUUUUCUCCUGCAUUUGACAGCGGUGGAAGAUAUCAACCUGGGAGAGGAGAUCUGCAUCAGCUACCUAGACUGUUGCCAGAGAGAACGGAGCCGACACAGCCGGUGCAAAAUCCUUCAGGAAAACUACUUGUUCAUCUGCUCCUGCCCCAAGUGCCUGGCUCAAGCUGAUGAUCCGGAUGUGACGUCGGAGGAGGAAGAGGAGGAGGAAGCCGAAGGGGAGCCCGACGGUGCGGAGCUGGAAGACGAGAUGACGGACGUUUGAUCUGGGCUCCGGGGUGGUGGGGGGCACCUCUGGAGCCCGGGGCCGGGCUGUGAUGGAGAGGGCUUCCUGGUUGGUGGGGGGCUUGGGCAGUGGAGGAAUGGGGAAAGAUCAUGGCCAGGGAGGGCCCCAAAGCCGGCCUUUGCGCAGCCCCCAUAUCCACCCUCUUGACCCACGCGGUGCCUGGCGAGGAGCGGUCAAGGCCUCAACUGCGUGGACGUCCCCCUGCAUACCCAACCUGGUGGGGAACAGACGACCUUGGCACCCGUUUCCAACAGGAGCGGGUUCAGUGACUUCUCUGCAUCCUAAGUGGGCGUUGGGGUAUCUAGCCUAGCCGGCGGAGGGACCCAGGGACAGUAUUUGCCCUAAGGAAGUGGGAACCCGAAUCCUGGCGCCCAGUGCAUAGCAGCCCUCUGCAUUUCCAGCUUUGUGGGAAGAGAAGAGGAGGGGUCUUGAUGGUGUAUCUCCUCCCUGCGCCACCUGAGGUGGGCAGCUAUGCAAAACAGCCUCUGCCCUAAAAAAUCAGUUGGGUUUGAAGAUGCCAGCUUGCCCCUUCUCUGGCUGGGUGCUUUGGGAAAACUCGCAGGCCUGGCACGAAGAAAGCCUUUCCCACUGAGUGCCCCCCAGCGGUUAGAGGGAAAGGGAGGCUGGGUGGGUUGCUGGCUGGCUUCUCUGGCACAGCCCCC